AUGGAGUUGCGUUUUAAUUGGUUCUCCAAUGGUAUCGCAGACUACCUCCACCAGCCACGAGCCAAGACUCGGAAACUCGUCGGUGAUCCGUGGUCCAACCGUAUGGCGGAAGUCGACACCCUCAGCCACCUUUUCCAUAGCUUCGAUGGUGGGGCAGCACAGGCUGAGACAGAGCUUUCGGAGAAUAUGUAG